AUGCAUGUAGUGCUCUUGCCAUGGCUGGCCUUUGGCCAUAUGUUGCCCUACCUACAGCUCGCCCGGUUCCUAGCACAAGGUGGCGACAAAGUCUCCUUUGUCUCCACCCACAGAAACAUCCAGCGCCUACCCAAGCCACCUCCCCACUUAUCCCCGUUCAUAGACUUCGUGAAGCUCGCCUUGCCACGCGUCGAGGAGAUCCCCGCAGAUGCGGAGGCCACCGUGGACGUCCGAUCCGAAGAUAUCCACUAUCUCGAAAAGGCCUAUGACGGCCUCGGGCCGGAACUGGGUCAAUUCCUCCGGUCAUACUGCGCAGAUUGGAUCCUUCAUGACUUCGCCUCACUGGCUGCCGCCCAUCGCGGCAGAGCUAGGAAUUCCAACAGCCUUUCUAUCCAUCGCGGCAGCCUGGUUCCCGGCCUUCCUCGGCUCAUCAUCGAUGCUGCUUAA